GAAGAACAACACAUUAGUCUAAGUCGACCUGUUUAUUUAAGAAAAUAUCAAUUGGAUCAAUUUGCACAAGAGAUCAAAGAAGCACUCGCACAUAUCUCUUCAUUCUCCAUUGCUUUUGCUCAAUUGGCUCCACUCACAAAUGAUGAAAAGACAAGAUCCUUUUUAACAUUGGAAAUAGGCACUGGAUACAAUGAGCUUCAACAAUGUAUGAAAUGUGUAGAUAAAAUCAUGCUACAAUACCAUAAACCUGUCUUUUAUCAUCCUCCUCGAUUUCAUACCAGUAUUGCUUGGUCCUUAAAUCAACAGCAG